CUCUGAUCCAGACACAUGCAAACAGCUUGCAAAAUUGAGCAAAGGGGCUUUUUGGGUGGCAGGGGGGUGGCAGGUUGUGGAGCCUGAGCUUCCAAAAAGCAACUUGGACGAGUGUGGGUCUUUCUGAAGGGGGACUCUAGUUUGGAAAGUGGGCAAAGCGAGCUGGGGGUUUGUUUCCUCAUUGGGAAUGUGGGGUGUGUGGCUGUGCGUUCCCUGCCCGGGGGAUGAUGGGCUUGGGAGUGCGUGGAGCCCAGGCCGAAGGGUGCCUGGCUGGCUGGAGAGGGGGAUGCGGCGUGGCGACAGCUCCAGAGCGGGAUAGAGUUUCAGCGGCUACUAUAUAUAAAGCGGGCCGGGCCCCCUUAUGUCACCGCGCUAAUUAAAUUCCGUCGGGCGGCUCUUCUGCUUCUUCUCUGCCCGACUCUUUCCCUUUCUCCCUUUUGGGGAACCGCUCGUUCCCCAUCGGGAGGCUCUUCUGCUCUCCUCUCCUUCUUUGGGGCUUCUUUGGGGAGCCGCUCGCCCCCCUCCGCCCAGGCGCAGCAUGAUGAUGGACCUUUUCGAAACCGGCUCCUAUUUCUUCUACUUGGACGGGGAGAAUGGCGCCUUGCAGCAGCUGGACGUGGCCGAGGAGGGCUCUCCGCUCUACCCGGGCAGCGAGGGCACCCUCUCGCCCUCUUCCUGCCAGGACCCGCUGGGCGCCGAGACCGGGGGAGGAGGGGGAGGGGGAGGAGGGGGCCGGGGCAGCGAGGGGAGCAGCCCCGCCGGGGAGGCGCACGUCCUGGCCCCGCCGUGCCUGCAGGCGCCCCACUGCCCGGGACAGUGCCUGGUCUGGGCCUGCAAGACCUGCAAGCGCAAGUCCGCGCCCACCGACCGCCGCAAGGCCGCCACGCUGCGAGAGCGCCGCCGCCUCAAGAAGAUCAACGAGGCCUUCGAGGCGCUCAAGCGGCGGACCGUGGCCAACCCCAACCAGCGCCUGCCCAAGGUCGAGAUCCUCCGCAGCGCCAUCAGCUACAUCGAGCGCCUCCAGGACCUCCUCCACCGCCUCGACCACCAGCAGCACCACCAGGACAAGAGCCAGGAGGCGCUCCUCACCCACGGAGCCGCUGCAGGAGGGAGCGCCCAGGCCUUCGCCUUCAGCCCCAAGGCGGGGAAUAUGCCACCAGCCCCCGACUUCCUGAGUCCCUGGCCCAGCGGGGCGGAGCAUCACCGGGCCUUGACCAACGGGCCCGCCACCAAAGAAGGGCUUUCCCUCCUGGACUCCUCGGCCUCCAGCAGCCUCCGCUGCCUCUCCUCCAUCGUGGACAGCAUCUCCUCGGAAGAUCACAAAGUCCCCACCGGGGAGGAAGUGGCGGAGAAGUAGGCAGCAAGCCAGGCGUAUUUUUGGAAACUGGACGGCGCAAGGGACUGUCGAUCCCCUUCGCCCUUUCCACUAAAUCGCGCAUUAAUUUAAUCUUCUGGAAACCCAAGAAGGGUGGCCAGGCGCUCGCAGCUGAACAAAUAAAAAAAGGCCUCUUCUUAAAAGGGAAACCCGCCUUUGAGUGGAGGGUGGGGUCCCGCUUGCCCCCCCCCCCGGGCAUUUGGAUUGGAACCUCAAGUUGCCUUUCCUCCUCUCCUCUCCUUGGCAAAUUAAUAUAUUUUGAUCUUGUGGCUUAGUGAGCAUCCUUUGCCUCAAACCAAGUUCAUUCCUGUCGAAGGAAGCUCCUCCUUGUGGGUUGGAAUUUUUUUUAUUAUUGUUGUUGUUUUUAACAAAAAAGGAUUUCCAAAGUUUGUGUGUGGAUUUUUGUUGGGUUUUUUUGUAAAUAAUUUAAAGGCGUCCUCUCUUUUUUGUGUGUGUUUUGUAAAACAAAAAGAUAUAGAGAUAUAAAUUUAUAUAUAGAUAUUUAAAACGUGGAAUUUGACUUCGUGACUAUAAGAAGGAAAACUGGACGAUAUUCCCAAGGUUGGAAAAUAAAUCACUUUUGUGUA